AUCAACGUUAUAAUAUGAACUAAAUUGCACAGUACAAUGCUUGACAUUACAUAAUUUAGAAACUUAAUUGACUGUGCCAACUAUUAAGAUAAACAAAAGUUCAGAUUGGUCUGAACAUACUCCCGGCCAUGUUCCGACAAGUGCGAACAAUCGCGUUCUAAGACAAUAGACAUUUUUGUGAAUCAUUCAAAUUUGUAUGUUUGUGAAAAGAAUCAAAUGGUUCUAGUUGUUUCAUCGAAAAGAUACGAUUUAAAGAGUCAAGUGUUCAGCGAGUUGGAAGUUUUACGAUUUGUGCCCAUUCUCUCAAUGUUCAUUUGUGAGAAAAACGUGGAUGGAAACAAAAGGUCGCUGGUUAACAAAAGAUCCACGUUGUCUCAAAAAGACGCUUCGAGAAUAAUCAUCGAAUUGCAGUUUCAUGUAGUGGCUCAUGGAUUGGCUUCGUGCUCUACUGUCUUUCAGUGUUCAAUAAUGACAGAGAAGCUGAUUUUCGACUACAAAUUGCAUUCCAGUAUCAUUAUGCAAUUAGUGUAUGCCAGUACAGCUUGGUUGACGUCACCAUUUCUUUGUUUCAAUUGUGGUGAUAUGCAACGCACAUAUGAUCGGAGUUUCAAAGUUAUUGUGUGCAAUAAUCGUCUACCAAAGACAAUCAAUGGAGUAGAGCAGUGGUCAUUUUAUGGUUUCAAUUUUGGUCAACUGCGAUCCGUACAGCGAAAACCGGAAUUUACAAUUUUGACUUUAUGUGUUUCAAUAGUCAAACAUCAUCGAGUAUUCCACAUUUCAAUCGUUUGUUCGAUUAAAGUUUCAUUUCGAGCAUUGGUUUCGGCGUCUCAUAACGGAUCAAGCAAUCAUUCCAGUUCGUCUUUAAGCGUGUCAAAGGCCGAACGAGUCGGAAGUUGCAAGGCUGACAGAUCAGCUGGAUUUAUUCAUCUUGCAGUAAUUGUUCCAACUGCCGUUUCUUCGUAUUAUUGUGGUCAAUUGCAGACAGUCAAUGGAGUAUCAAUGUGUGAACAAUUAGCGGAAUGUUUCUCGACUUGUUUAUGGAACAUGAGUAGUCUUCAACAUCGUUCGCUGGAGAAUGAAGCGCUCCAUGGUAUCCGAAAACGAUUAUCCAAGAGAUUCAUCAGUCGUCGGGCAAAACCUGCCAUUAUGUACAACAAAAAUGCUGCGAAUUUUGUGGACUGGAUAACAGAGCUUUCUAAGGCACAGCAGAGCGCACUGAGAGAACUCAAUCCUACAACAGCAAGUAAUUUCGGAGGAAUUUGGGAAGCAGCAGUGCAAUCAAUGAAGUUUCACCUCAAACAAAUUGUUGGGUCGUCACAUCUCACGUUUAAGGAGCUGACAAUUCUUUUUUGUCAAAUCGAGUGCGCAUUUAUUUCGAGACCAAUGUGCAGCCUGACCGAUGAGGAUUUGAAUUUGAGUUUAUUUUUGAGUAAAUUUUUCCGUUUCAUUCAUUUUAUCUUCCGAGCCAAUUUCAUUUCAUUUUGAAUUUUUUGUGUUAGUUUUAUUUGAAGACGAUUUAUAAUGUCUUGGCCGGGAGUAUGUUCAGACCAAUCUGAACUUUUGUUUAUCUUAAUAGUUGGCACAGUCAAUUAAGUUUCUAAAUUAUGUAAUGUCAAGCAUUGUACUGUGCAAUUUAGUUCAUAUUAUAACGUUGAUCUAUAAACAACAGUCUUUUGAUUCGACAUAAAAUAAUUGAACCUGAGAAACCGAUAUUCCUUAAACACGACACA